UAGAAAAGCAGUGAGGUCACUUUCCUGCCCCACCUUCUCCCCUUCCUGGUGCGAAGCUUCCCUUUUGCACCGCCAGCCCUCCCUCCCCCCUUCCCAUCAUUUCCUUCUGCUGGGGACGGCAGGAGCCCGGAACGUGGACGGUUUGCAAAGGCAGUGGAAGCAACAGGUGCCACGUGCCAGGAGUCAAAAUGGAGGAGCGGGCCUCGCCAGGACCCACGUCGGUAAAGGGCAUGCCAGGGAAAGAACUUUGCAUUGUCCAAAUUGGGACGAGCGCGGAAACGAUUCUGCCUCGGGUUAAGCAAGAACCAGAGGAUCGGGUGCAGGAGUUCUGGGAAGCCAGGAAGCAGGAAUUUCUGAAGACGGCGGCACCGUCCUCGUAUCCCGGGUGGGGAGACGCACUAUUGCCUCGGCCCCCGACGGAGGAGAGCUCUGCAGGGACGAAGGCCUCCUUCGAAGGGGCGUCGGACACUAAGCAGUGGUCCAGAGAAGAGGGUGCGGAUCUGGCCCUGCUAGGCCUGAGCGGCAAGGAGGUCCACGAGGCUCAGGAAAAUGCAGACGCCUCUGUGGGAGUGAAGGAGGAGAUCCCGGACGCAGACGCCCUAAACAUGGAGAUGCGCUGCCAGCGCUUCCGGCAUUUCGGUUACCGGGAGGCCGAGGGUCCCCGCAAGGUCUUCUGCCAGCUCUGGGAGCUCUGUCGCCAGUGGCUGAGGCCGGAGAGACACACCAAGGAGCAGAUCCUGGAGCUGGUGAUCCUGGAGCAGUUCCUGAUGAUUCUGCCCCUGGAGAUGCAGUGCUGGGUGCGGGAGAGGGGCCCAGAGACCGGCAACCAGGCCGUGGCCCUGGCGGAGGAUUUCCUGUGGAGGCCGCAAAGGACGGAGCAGAAGACAGUGGAGGAUUUGGACAGUUCUGCUGCCGGUUCCCCCAAGUCGGAGCUGGAUCCGCCGGACAUUGUGAAGAUUGAGCUGCCCAUGGAUGGUGAUGGAGUCAGUGACCAGCAGCAAUAUAUCCUUGGGGGAGCAGCCGGCUUGGAGGAGGGGAUGUACGGCCACGUGAGAAAGAAGGUGGUCUUGGGCCCCCGUCCGAAGACCCCGAAGGCACCGCCCAAGGAGAAGCCCCACAAGUGCCAGUACUGCGGGAAGAUCUCCGACUGCCGCGCCCACCUGAUCAUCCACGAGCGGACGCACACAGGCGAGAAGCCGCACAAGUGCUCAGCCUGCGGCAAGUGCUUCACGCGGAAGGAGUCCCUCAUCAUCCACGAGCGCUUCCACACGGGCGAGAAGCCGUACAAGUGCUCGGCCUGCGGCAAGACCUUCAGCGACAAGAUCGGGCGGCUGAUCCACGAGCGGACCCACACGGGCGAGCGGCCCUACAAGUGCCCCGAGUGCGGGAAGAGCUUCGGCACGCGCUGCAACCUCCUGCGCCACCGGAGGGUGCACACGGGGGAGAAGCCAUACCGGUGCGCCGAGUGCGGCCAGAGCUUCCGCUACCGGCCGCAGCUGGUGAUCCACGAGGGCAGCCACAAGGGGGAGAAGCCCUACAAGUGCCCCGAGUGCGGGGAGAGCUUCAGCCAGACGCGGCACCUGGUCAUCCACAAGUGGACCCACACGGGGGAGAGGCCCCACAAGUGCGGUGUCUGCGGCAAGAGCUUCAACCAGAAAUCGGACCUGGUCACGCACACCCGGACCCACACAGGCGAGAAGCCGUACGCCUGCUCUGAGUGCGGGAAGAGCUUCAUCUCCAGCUGCCAGCUGAGGAAGCACGAGCGGAUCCACACGGGCGAGAAGCCCUACCAGUGCGCCGAGUGCGGGAAGCGCUUCACCUACAGCUCGCACCUAACGACGCACAAGCGCACCCACACAGGGGAGAAGCCCUACCAGUGCGCCGACUGCGGCAAGUGCUUCAUCUCCAGCUCGCACUUCACCGCCCACAAGCGCACCCACACAGGGGAGAAGCCCUUCCGCUGCGCGCACUGCGGGAACGGCUACAUCCAGAGGUCGCAGCUGGCCAAGCACGAGAGGUCCCACACGGGCGAGAAGCCCUACGCCUGCUCUGAGUGCGGGCAGAACUUCCGCUGGAGCCAAGGCCUCAAGAAACACAUGCGGACGCACACAGGAGAGAAGCCCUACCAGUGCCCCAGGUGCGAGAAAACCUUCUCCAGCUCCUCCAACCUCUCCCGACAUCAACGAACUCACACAGGGGAGAAACCAUUUGAAUGUAUUGAAUGUGGAAAGAGCUUCAAUGAUAGUGGAAACCUUAGACAAUAUCAACGAACUCACACAGGGGAGAAACCAUUUGAAUGUAUUGAAUGUGGAAAGAGCUUCAAUAAUAGUGGAAACCUUAGACAACAUCAACAAACUCACACGGGGGAGAAACCAUUUAAAUGUAUUGAAUGUGGAAAGUGCUUCAGUCAAAAUGGAAAACUUAGAAGACAUCAACGAACUCACACGGGGGAGACACCAUUUAAAUGUAUUGAAUGUGGAAAGAGCUACAGUCAAUAUGGAACACUUAGAAUACACCAACGAACUCACAUAGGGGAGACACCAUUUGAAUGUAUUGAAUGUGGAAAGAGCUUCAGUCGAAAUGGAACACUUAGAAUACACCAACGAACUCACACAGGGGAGAAACCAUUUGAAUGUAUUGAAUGUGGAAAGCGCUUUAGUCAAUAUGUACACCUUAGAAAACAUCAACGAACUCACACGGGGGAGAAACCAUUUAAAUGUAUUGAAUGUGGAAAAAGCUUUAGUAGAAGUGACCACCUUAGAAGACACCAACGAACUCACAUGGGGGAGAAACCAUUUAAAUGUAUAGAAUGUGGAAAGAGCUUCAGUCGAUAUGGAACACUUAGAAUACACCAACAAACUCACACGGGGAGAAACCAUUUAAAUGUAUUGAAUGUGGAAUGUAUUGAAUGUGGAAAAAGCUUCAGUCAAAAUGGACACCUUAGGGAACAUCAACGAACUCACACAGGGGAUAAACCAUUUAAAUGUAUUGAAUGUGGAAAGAGCUUCAGUCAGAAUGGAACACUUAGAAGACAUCAACGAACUCACACAGGGGAGAAACCAUUUGAAUGUACUGAAUGUGGAAAGAGCUUCAAUGAUAGUGGAAACCUUAGACAACAUCAACAAACUCACACGGGGGAGAAACCAUUUAAAUGUAUUGAAUGUGGAAAGUGCUUCAGUCAAAAUAGAAAACUUAGAGGACAUCAACGAACUCACACGGGGGAGAAACCAUUUAAAUGUAUUGAAUGUGGAAAGAGCUUCAGUCAAAAUGGACACCUUAGAAUACACCAACGAACUCACACGGGGGAGAAACCAUUUAAAUGUAUUGAAUGUGGAAAAAGCUUCAGUCAAAAUGGAACACUUCGAAUACACCAACGAACUCACACAGGGGAGAAACCAUUUGAAUGUAUUGAAUGUGGAAAGAGCUUCAAUGAUAGUGGAAACCUUAGACAACAUCAACGAACUCACACGGGGGAGAAACCAUUUAAAUGUAUUGAAUGUGGAAAGAGCUUCAGUCAAAAUGGAACACUUAGAAUACACCAACGAACUCACAUAGGGGAGACACCAUUUGAAUGUAUUGAAUGUGGAAAGAGCUUCAGUCCAAAUGGAACACUUAGAAUAGACCAACGAACUCACACAGGGGAGAAACCAUUUAAAUGUAUUGAAUGUGGAAAGAGCUUCAGUCAAAAUGGAACACUUAGAAUACACCAACGAACUCACACGGGGGAGAAACCAUUUAAAUGUAUUAAAUGUGGAAAUAGCUUUAGUAGAAGUGAGCACCUUAGAAUACACGAAGGAACUCACACGGGGGAGAAACCAUUUAAAUGUAUUGAAUGUGGAAAGUGCUUCAGUCAAAAUGGAACACUUAGAUUACACCAACGAACUCACACGGGGUGGAAACCAUUUAAAUGUAUUGAAUGUGGAAAGAGCUUCAGUCGAUAUGGACACCUUAGAAGACACCAACGAACUCACAUGGGGGAGAAACCAUUUAAAUGUACUGAAUAUGGAAAGAGCUUCCAUCCAUAUAGACACCUUAUAGGACACCAACUAACACAUGGGGAAGAAACAAUUUUAAUGUAUGGCAUGUGGAAGGAGCUGCAGCAAAAGUAGAGCACUUAGAAUACACCAACUAACUCAUACAGGGGAGAAACCAUUGGAACAUAUUGAAUGUGGGAAGAGCUUUAACAGGAAGGAUAAACGUACAUUACAUUGGCGAACUCCCACAGGGGAGAAGCUUAAGUCAAUAUGGAAGCUUAGGAAACAUCCGCUGACUCACAUGGGGAAACCAGAUUUAUGCAACGUGGAAAGAGCUUCAGAGGGAGUGAAGACCUUACUAUCCAUAAGAAAAUUCACACAGGCAGAAAACCAUAUAAAUGUAUGGAGUUUUCCACUCAGGUUUUACCAGAUUUCCUGGGAAGUGAAGAUUACUGUCAAGUCUUUGGAUGUACAGAAAAGAAUUUGGCAGUGUUUGUUUUCAAUAAUAAUAAUAGCAACAGCAA